UCCACUAGACCAGUUCCCUGUUGGUGUGACGUGAGGUGGUACAAUGAAGAGACGAUGGCUGCCUGCAUCAGAGUAAUAUGGAUGAGAUUGACCGUCUUGACAGCCGCUAUUCAUGAUGGUUCUGCUCUCCUAAACUCUUUCUUUGCCGAAACACACUAAUCUCCCUGUUCGUGCCAUCUGCACAGAUCAAGUGUUGUAUUUGCAUCAGACUGCUAGCCCCGUGCUAUGAUUCUACCUAUAUCAACUCUCUUUAAUUAAACUGACGGAUAUCACUCAUAACAUGGCCAUUACACAGUUUCGACUUUUUAAAAUAUGCACCUGCUUGGCAUAUAUCCUUUCAUUCUUGAAAAGACUGAUUUGCAGGACUGGAAGGUCACGCAAACUGAGUGGAGAUCAGAUCACCCUCCCGACCACAGUUGAUUAUUCUUCACCAAAGCAGCCAGAGAUUGAGGAGUGGAGCUCAUGGGAUGAGGAAGCUCCCACGAGUAUCAAAAUCGAAGGUGGUAACGGGAUAGUUCCACCUCCACAGAAUGAAGCUGAAGACGAAGAGCCGGACUAUUUCAAAGACAUGACUCCCACUAUCAGGAAAACACAAAAAAUUGUCUUGAAGAAAAGGGAACCUCUGAAUUUCUCUAUGCCAGAAAGCUCCUCGGGUUUCUCCAGCCGACUAGCCGCCACUCAGGACAUGUCCUUCAUCCAGCCCUCUGCAGAGCUGGGGGACAUGGACACCUGGCAGGAGAACACCAAUGCCUGGGAGGAUGAGGCAGAGGCAUCAUGGGAUGCAGAAGAAGUGCUAAGGCAGCAGAAGUUGGCUGAGAGAGAGAGACGGUCCAUGGAGCAACAGAGGAAGAAAAUGGAGAAAGAGGCACAGAGAAUGAUGAAAAAAGAGCAGAAGAUCGCUGUCAAACUUUCAUAACAUUAAUACAGCGCACGGGACACUCAAAACAACAGCCAAACAACUGUUCAUAUUACAUUUGACCUUGUUUUAUCCUGCCCUCUGCACUUCUGUCUUCAACACUUUGGGAUUUUUUUUUUUUAGUCCAUCUUGGGAUAUUUUUUUUUGUUUUUUUGUGUGUGUUUGUGUCCUUUUUUUUUUUUUUUUUUUUUUUUGCAUUGGACAGAAAUCAGCACAAAAAACCUUCUCUUUCAGUUAUGACUGUUCUUACUGUGCGCUUGAUGAAAGAAAAAAAAUUGUUUUUUUCUGUCAGUAUUUAUAAUACUUGAACGAUUUUUUCCCAGAAUAAUUUUAGAUAAGGAAUUCCGUUCUUUUUGGUUUUUAUAUUUUGCUGCUUUUUUUUUUUUUUUUUUUUUUUGGUGCUUUUUUCCCCCACCUGUUUUUCUCCUUAUCAACGUCUUGUAACUGCUUUAAACACUGGACCUCACCAGAAAUUGGUGAUCUCAGUAUUUAAAAAAAAAAAAAAUCAACAAUUUUAUGCAACCUUGAGUUUCUGCUCUUCACAUUCUAUUUAGCUGGCUAUCUAAUCUUCUACCGUUCAGUUUACCUGAUUAUCGUGCUCUUAAUUGUAAAUAAUCCUUAAAGACCUUAUAUUUUGAUCUUUAUGAAGACAAAAAUGAUUUGGGUCAUCUCUGUAUAGUUAAUAAUUGUCAGUGGGAAUGGAGAACAGAGAUGUACAGUGUGUACUGAGACUCGAUGAGAGCGGAUGUGGGUUGGUCGUCAUGGAAACGCUGAAAUUUUUAAGUAUCCAAAUUGGCAACCAUACCAUCUUUUAUCUUUAGUAAGAGACUGUUACUGAGAAGACCAUUAGCUGAGAUAAACAUUCACAAAUUAACAUUUUAAGGGAUUUCACCAUGGGGACAACUUUGUGUCUUUAACUAUCAAAGAAUUUCCCAUUUCUUAAAAAUAUAUAAAUUGAUCAUGUUUUUUGACACAAUGAGGAUGAUGAUGAUGAUGAUGGUGAGCUGAAAUUAAACUCUGCAUGCUAUGAUUAUUAAGGAACGUGAAGCCAUGAGAGCCACAGGUACAGAUAAACAAUGAAAAACUGAAUAAAAUCAAUUUUUUUUUUAUCAUUUAUGGUUCCCCCUCAUGUCUUUUUAAUUUGUUUUUACAAUUUUGCAUUGUCCAGCCUUAGCUUUAAUAAACCUUUGGAUGUCUGUUCAA